UGUUCAGGAACGACUAGCGAGGAGGAACUCGCACUAGUUCUGCGAGUCUGCACCAAGUUUGUGACCUGGAAUAAACGAGACACUUCUAAACAUCGCAGAGUCGAGAGGAGCCUUAAACCGGUUUGAGAAAGGGGAAGAGCAGAUUUAAAGACGUAUAUUCCCCAAAGACAGCGCCAUGAGUCGCAGCAUUGUGCGCCAGAGUAAGUUCCGGCAUGUUUUUGGGCAAGCAGUGAAAGCGGAUCAAAGUUUUGAUGAUAUCCGGGUUUCCAAAGUGACAUGGGACAGUUCCUUCUGUGCAGUUAACCCAAAGUUUCUGGCAGUUAUAGUGGAGUCCAGUGGAGGCGGGGCCUUUCUGGUUCUGCCUCUCUCACAGGUGGGUCGAGUGGACAAAAACUACCCUCUAGUGGUUGGACACUCAGGGCCUGUUCUGGACAUUGACUGGUGUCCUCACAAUGACAACAUACUGGCCAGCUGCUCUGAAGACACCACUGCCAUGGUAUGGCAGAUCCCUGACCACACUCCCUCUCGUCCCAUCAGUGAGCCCAUUGUGGUGCUGGAGGGUCACUCUAAACGUGUGGGCAUCAUCAGAUGGCACCCCACUGCCCGCAACAUACUCCUCACUGCAGGCAGUGAUAAUCUGAUCAUCGUCUGGAAUGUGGGCACUGGAGAACCCUUGAUGACAAUGGAUGACCAUCCUGAUCUCAUCUAUAACGUCAGCUGGAACUACAACGGUAGCCUGUUUUGCACCACCUGCAAGGACCGUCGCCUUCGAGUGUGCGAUCCCCGGAAAAACGAGGUGGUGGCGGAAAGACUGUCCCCACAUGAGGGCAUCCGGCCAAUGAGAGCCAUUUUUACCAAAGAGGGCAACAUUUUCACCACAGGUUUCACCCGGAUGAGCCAGAGAGAGCUUGGCCUGUGGGAUCCGACUAAUUUUGAAGAGCCCAUAGCAUUGUUGGAGUUGGACACAAGUAAUGGAGUUUUAUUGCCUUUUUAUGAUCCAGACACUAACAUCAUGUAUCUCAGCGGCAAGGGUGACAGCAGUAUUCGGUAUUUUGAGAUCACAGAGGAGCCUCCCUAUGUGCAUUACAUCAGCACAUUCAGUAGCAAGGAGCCACAGAGAGGAAUGGGCUUCAUGCCCAAGAGAGGAGUGGACGUCAGCAAGUGUGAGAUUGCCAGAUUAUAUAAACUCCAUGAAAGAAAGUGUGAGCCUAUUAUGAUGACAGUACCCAGAAAGUCGGACCUGUUCCAGGAUGAUCUGUAUCCAGACACAGCAGGCCCAGAGCCAGCUCUGGAACCUGAAGAAUGGAUUGACGGACGAGACGCAGACCCCAUAUUAGUGUCCAUGAGGGAUGGCUAUAUUCCUCCAAAGAGUAGAGAGCUAAAGGUGGCCAAGAAGAAUGUUCUAGACACCAGACCUGCAACACGCAGAAGCAUGUCUGUCAUAGAUGGAAGUAGUUUGCCCCCUCAGUUGUUGGAGAAGCUUGUUGAGGAGAUCCAAAAUCUGAAGGCCACCGUUCUCUCUCAGGAGAAACGAAUCUGUGACUUAGAGAAUAAGCUCUCUAAGUACACUAAUGGCACAGUCUGAAUAAAGCUAACUCAUCCUAUGCACACUGCCCAAUUCACUGCUAACCCCUCACAACUAAAGUAUGAGCACAGAUAGGCCAAGCCACCUCAACUCACACCAGCUAUUAUCAACAUGUAACUCCGGUUCAACUGGCUGUACCGCCAAUUGACUUCACAGGCUUUUUCUAAAUGUGAAUAAAUCAUACAGUAGUUCCAUUUUGGAGAAUUAGGAGAUUUAAUUUGGCAAAGGCACUUAUAAUGCUCGUCCUGAUGCUUUGUAGAAAAAUUGUUAAUAUUGUGUAGUAGUACACACUAUUAGCUGUAUUCCUUAAAUGCUUAAGGAAUCAUAUCAGGAAGAAUUUAUGUCAGCUAUUCAAAAGGUAGGCAAAACCACCUUCAUUUUAGGAUUUACAAAUCCUUUAAUGUACUUACUGCUUUUUAACCUUAAAUGCUGUCAAAUAAUGACAGAAGAAAUGUAGCUGCAGCUUUCUGUAGUGGUUAACAGUCUUUGGUAGUCUCUGUGUGAACAUACCUCAUUGGAAAGACCAGGACUUGGGAUCAGAUGGUAGCAUAUGUAGCCCUUAUUUGGUCAGCUCUGGACAAGCAACAUCUAUGGCAUGACUAUGAUAUGUCAGGACAGUAGUGAGCUCAGUAAUGCCGCCAAUACACUACACAAUUUUCAUCGGAUUGCUGUUCUUUUCACACUACACUAACUUUUUUGGGUAUCACGAAGUUGCUGUGGUUUACACAUAACAACGGAUCAGUGACUGUGGGUCACACAUCACACAAUCUCACUAGGAAGAAUCCACAACAAAAAAAGAUGACUUCUCGAUAUUUCCCUUGCGCUAUAGCUUGUUCUCUUAUUGGCUGUAAGUCGUCGCCAAUGUGUUUUUUUUAACCUGCUAAUUACUUCUCGGGCAUCAGUGCUAUUCUCAGAUUGUGUCUUUCUCCACUAUAUGAUCUCACACUAUAUGAUAGUCACUCACAUGAAAGAGCACCGAUUUGCCUCAGAUUUAAGGCUGAUCUCCAGAAAAACACUAACUAAAAUGUAAUGUAGUGUAUACCCGGCUUGAGAGUUCUGCACAUCACUUCAUGCCAUUUUAUCAUAAAGGAACAGUUCACCCAAAAAUGAUAUACUCUUGAUAAACUAACCCUCAUAUUGUUCCAAACUAUUACGUUUAUUUUUCAGUAGAUAUGAAAGUUGUUGCUAAAUGUCCAAGCUGCUCUUUUCCAUUCAAUGAAUGGUGAGUGAUUACUCGGGCUGUGGAGCUCCAAAAAUGACAACAAAAAAAAAGUGCACUCGUGCACUAUAUUCCAAAUGUUCUGAAGACUUAGGAUAACUGUGGGGAACAAGCACAAGAUGCAUCGUGCCAUCAGCUCUUGCAAAACUGUUUUCACAUAUUUAAACAUCUUUAAAUCAAAACAUGCACAUAUCAUAUUUGAGAUCUACAGCAGAAGGAAUUAAAAAUAACUGCUUUUGGUCUGUUCUUCAUAUAAAACUAUAUAUAGACCACAUAGCUUCAGAAGACUUUGCAUAUGGUGUAUGCGUGUAUUGGUGUGUGUAUUAGUAUUAUACUUUUUUUGUUGUUUUUUUUCGCAUUUUUGAAACUUGAAGCUUGACAGCAUCUAUACACACUUUCAUUGCAUGAAAAAAAAACAGCCUGAACAUUCUAGAUAAGAUUAAAAGAAACGUAGAUAAAUGAGAACAGAAUUGUCAUCUUUGGGUGAACAAUUCCUUAAGGCAGAUGCAGGUAGCUCCUGGAAAUAUUUAUAUAAAGAUAUCAAAUGUUAAUCUAAUGAUUUAACAUAAAAAGCAAAAGGAUGUUUGCAUAGACAACAUGUCUCUACUUGUUCCUCUUUGUAAGAGUGCUUGCAUCAUUGACUCUUAAAUUGCUACUAAUCUCUCAUUUUACACACCUCUGCAUUUCCAGCUUUGACCAACACAAUUAAAACUC